GUAGACACUGUGGAGUGGCUCUAAUUUCCCAGGAGCACAGCAGUGAUUUCAGGCUGUAGUGAUGCUAUGAAGCAUGGCCUCGCUGGCAAUGCCUUGUCCCACCCUAUGCCUGUGUGGUGCUUUCCAGGGUCGCCAAGUCCCAGUAGGCCAAGGUGCUAUUCAAAUGUUAAGCCUGUAUCACACCCAGAGAAGGGAAUUCCAGGCAAGUUUCCCCCUCCCAAAGCGUGUGCGAGCCACCUUCCUGCAUGAAAUUCACCCCAAGGCACAAGCUUUGCCAUGAAACCAUGUGCACCACUUGGCACACAGCUGUUAACAUGAGGCUUAAGUAGGGCAUAGGACUUUAUGCCCUGGAGUCAAUGUGCCUUUGGGAAUGCCACUUAGGUAAUGACACCUGCUAGGCUGAUUAGCCAGGCUGCCACUGUGUGGCACCUGAUCUGAGUCUCUGGUGAUGGGGUCUAAUUGUAAUGCCUCCUAUUUAGUGGGUUAAUUGGAAUGUCAUGGUUGUCUACCUCACACUUGGAGGGUUGCGUGUGGUAUGUGGCCAGCAAGCUAGGACUAAGGUAUGGAGCAUGGUGGGGGAAUAGAAAUAGGGACCAUACUCUAGAGCAUCCCUAUAAUUCAAGGACCUGGGAUGCCCACACCUUUGGUCUAGGUGGUACUCCACCAGAUGGUGGGGUGGGAGAAUUGGACUGAUUCUGGAAGCUGUCCUCGGGCUCUGUUGCAGAGACGGUAAAUGCAUAGUGUGCACAAAUUCCCUCCUGUUUGCUGGCACCAAAAGGCGGCUCUGCCAGGGAGGUCUCUCCAGUGGUUUGGAUUUAAAAGUAACCCCCUUCCCCUACUGUGCUACAAACAUGCCCAACACCUGGAUUCUGUCAUAAUGGAGAUUGGAGGACGCAAGAGUGGAAUUCCCAAAACCAUUUUAUAGAAAGAACCAGAAACUUAGUUAUUAAAUGAAGAAAACUUAAGCUACAGCUCAGCCCUGAGCAUCAGUCAUGCUAGCGAGUCCUUUACCUAUCUGUCUAUUACACAGCUGAAGAAAUGAUCAAUAAGCAAACUUUCACCUAGGAACCAAGUGAGGUCAUCCGAAACUAUUGCAGCCCUCUCUUGUCUGAGGCUGAGCCUCUAUCUUCGGUGGUUAUAACAGAUUAGAGUUUAUAUAUCUUCUGCUUCAAACACUUCAAUACCAUUUCCUUCAAAAAAACAAAAAUCACUGCCAGCCGACACCUGCACUAAGCCGACACCUGCGGACCCAAUGCUCCUGAGCAACCUCUUGUCAUUAUUUGUCAAGAAAACAUGGAAAUAGAGGCAGGUUUUUAUGCUUUAAGAUGGCACUGAGGUACUGUCAUGAUGAAGGCCCCACAAGGUGGAUAGGCCUAUCAAUUAGCACAUUGCUUUCAGAUCAGCCUCACCCAAAGUCUUCACAAAGCGUAUCUUGGAAGGCAUGUGCUACACGUGCAGUUUGUACGCAGCAGGAAGCACAGGGUUUGCAGACGCUCCAACCAGUUUUGCUCCACCCAGAGGAUUGUGCUGAGAGGCCCAGGAGCAGGGGCUCUGACCGCCCUGCAUGAGGCUGUUCAGGAGUUUAGCCUGUAGAAGAGUUUAGCCUGUAGGGAGAGGUGCUGAUCCAAAGCUGUAUGACGCUGCAUAACUCGAUACUGCAGGAGUAUCGAGUUAUGUGACUCCUCUGGACUCUUUAAAAUCAGGCAUCUGAAUUGUCAUCGCUGUUACAAGUCUCAAGUUCUGUGGGAAGAACAACAGAAAUAGUUCCGUAAAGGAGCAGUCAAAGUGAUUUGUGUGCGUGCUUAAAAUCCUCCAACAACUAUUGCUGUGCUGCCCCUCCCAUCACAUGCUUAGAGCUGGGGCCUAGGAGCCAGGACUCCUGGGUUCUAUUCUUUGCUUUGUCCAACUUGAGACACCUAGGGCCUGACUCUUUUCAAGGGCCGAGUACCCACAAUUACCACUGAAGUCAAUGGGCACCCAAAACUAGAAGCCCCGUUUGGGAAAGUGUCAUAAUGGUCUAUCCCAUCAACCCCAGGCACACCAGCUGUGGCUCUACACCAAGAAAGAAUUCUUGUCCCUGUCUGCAUUCAGGUACAAAGGUGUUGGUGUGUUGAUAAGGCUGCAGUUAAAGGGAUCAAGGUUUAACCUGAAAGGCUGUUAUAACUCCAGUUGUGUGGGUUUUUUUUUUAAUAAUGAAAGCAUUAGUUCUGUUUAUCAUCUCCACCCCUCCGGUCCCUGAAGACCCCUGUCCUAUAACAUUGGACCUAGAAACUUGAGAACCUACUUCAGAAGCUGUUGUUUUCCCACAUGGCUGUUGUGCAAGCUUCUUACUGAAGAGAUUGGACGUUCUAGACAGUGCCUGUGCACUCCUGUAAUACUUCUCAUCAGUGGAACCUUAUAACCAUUAAAUAAAGAAGCCUCAACUGCUUCUCAGAGUUAUUGCGUGGUACAGAUGGGGAAAUUGAGGCACAGAGAGACGAAGUUAUUCAGCAAGUCAAUAGGGAUGUGAGGUGCUUCCAGACACUAGGUUCUUUUUUUCCCCUUGUGGCUUCCUCUUUUUUUUUUUCCUUUGUCUCGGAUAAGCGCUGUUACCCACUGGUUUCCCCUUUCUUCUUUCUAAUUUUUACUCUGAGUCAUCUGUAUUGCAGAUGGACUAUUUAGGGAGGCUGCCAUGCAGCUGGGUUUGCUGGGAGAUGGGACAAAGAGCAUUGCCAUGCUGAGCCGGUGAGAGAAGGAGCCGAGGAGAGCCCGGGAGAGGAGGAAACACUUGAUGCGCAGAGCCAGACAAGAAGACCUGGCCUGCCAGUAUUUCUUGCUCUCCACCAUGUCGGAGCAGGAGGAUGACGAGAUGUGCUGGAAUAACUUGGAGAACUUCCGGGUGAAGCUGAUCUCGGUGAUAGACCCCUCCAGAAUAACGCCUUAUCUCCGCCAAUGCAAAGUGAUUAACCAUGACGACGAAGAGCAAGUGCUUAAUGACCCCAGCCUGGUGGUCCGGAAACGGAAAGUAGGCGUCCUCCUGGAUAUACUUCAGAGGACGGGCCAGAAAGGUUUUGAGGCCUUUCUCGAGAGCCUUGAGCUUUACUACCCACAGUUGUAUAUGAAAAUAACCGGCAAGGAGCCCAGCAGGGUCUUUUCAAUGAUUAUCGACACCGCGGGGGAAUCGGGCCUGAGCCAGCUCCUGAUGAACGAGAUCACGAAGCUGCAGAGUGCCGUGCAGGAGGAGAGGAGGAAAGCCCAGGAGCUCAACAUGUGGCUCCAUGCCAAGGAGGAUGCGCUCAAGGAGAUGCGGGUGAGGGACAGCGUGCUGCGGAAGCACCAGGAGAGGGCCCAGAAGAUGAAGGAGGAGAGGGACAGCUUGGCCAAGGAGCUGCGGAAAUGCAAGGACGAGAACUACGACCUGGCCAUGAGCUACGCCAAGCAGAGUGAAGAGAAGAACGCAGCCCUGAUGAAGAACCGGGAUCUGCAGCUAGAGAUUGACCAUCUGAGGCACAGCCUGAUGAAGGCCCAGGACGACUGUACCCUGGAGAGGAAACACACCAUGAAACUGAAGCAUGCCAUUGAGCAGCGACCGAGCCAUGAAGUGGUGUGGGAGAUCCAGCGGGAGAAGGAGCUGCUGCUGGCCAAGAAUCAAGAGCUGGAGAACACGCUCCAGGUCGCCAAGGAAGGGAACUCUGAGAAGAACAGCCUCUACGUCCAGACUCUGGAAGCUGAUCGGAGACGGGCACUGGCGGAGCAUCAGGAGCUGGUGAACACCAUCUACAGCCUGCGCAAGGCGCUCAAGCAAGCAGAGGAUCUCCAGGACAAACAUGCGGAGGAGAAGGAGCUGCUGGAGCUGCAGUGCAUGUCCCUGAGGAAGGACUCUCGGAUGUACAAGGAUCGCAUUGAGGCCAUCUUGAAGCAGAUAGAAGAAGUGGCUGCAGAAAGAGACCAGGCACUGCUGACCCGAGAGCAGUUCCACAUGCAAUACUCCAAGAGCCUGGUCAACAAAGACGCCUACCGCAAAGAGAUCCGGGAGCUGGGGGAGAGGUGCGAUGAGAUGCAGCUACAGCUGUUCCAGAAGGAGGGCCAGUUACUAGCCGCUGAGGCCAAGCUGAAAAAGUUGCACCUGGAGCCACCCACGCUGACUUCUGACCUAGAUGACGCCUCACCCAGGAGUUCCCAAGAGCUCUCUUUCCAUGGAAACCUGGAUGAGGACACACUGCUGUCUGAUAAAAAAGAUCUCUCUGACGGUCGGGAUCAGCAGUUCAAUGCGUUAGAGAGCAUCCAGGGCCUGCAAUCGUCAAACGAAGGUGGCCCACCCAACGGAGAACUGGCUGAGAAGGAGCGGCGGCGGAUGAAGGACAGCUUUGAGCACUAUCGGAGGUCUGGCCUGUGCGCUCAGGACUGCUCUUGCCAUGUUUACGUAACCUACUGGUCACUGUGUGUCAUGUCCCCUGCUGUGCCUGAUCCGCGGAGGAUGAGAAUCUGUUACUGCCUUCUCUUCUAGCUCAAGCCGUAGGGACUCGUGCAUUUAGUCCCAGAUGUGCCGAGCAAGUUGGCCAAAAUGGCAGCCGUUGCGUUGCACUGAAACAAGUGUGGAUGUUUUCAGACACACAUGUAUAUCAUGGCCUGUGUCAUAGGCUGCUUAAUGCCAUUGACCGAUUCCACCGUGGUUUAACAGAGGGGUACCCAGAGGACAUGAAGCUGGAGGUGAUCACCUAGGUCAUGGGCAAUGGAUCACAAGGCCACUCACUCAGAUUUGUAGGGGGUCUGUGCAGGGGCUCAUGGGCCAUAGGAGUCAGGCUGCUGGUGGGGAAAAGGGGGUUCCUGAGAGGAGAAGGUGAGGGUCAGGUGGCAGGGAUCUAUGCUCACCCCACCCCAGAUUUUUAAUGGCACUCUGCAGUCCUGGGAGUGCCAUACUUUGGGAACUGCUGGCUUGGUAAGUUUGAUCUAUUUUACUAGCUCAAGGUUCCAUCCUGCUACUGCUGACACCAAAGACCAAGCUCCUAUUAAUGAGACUCAGGGCAGGUUUGAGCCCUUUCAAAACGAUUGCAAGCUGCCGAGCGCCUCUGUCUCCAUCUUUGGGUAUUGAAGGGACCGAGCAUCAUGUCAAAUGCAGAUCUUAAUUUUCACACUAAAUAGAAAUGAUCCAAAAGAGCUAGAUGCUGGAGCAGAUUACAGGAAACGUCUAAAACUAUGUAGUGUUGCUUCUGUCAGUGGUAGUGUGCUGGGCUCUUAUGUAAUACUUGUAUUCAAGAAGGAACUGAGAGUCAGGAAAUUCUUGCGUUCAGCUCUACUGUACAUUGAGGAAUAUAGGAAUGGCUUUACUGCUCCAGACUAAACCCAGUAAGCUUCUGAUCAGUCUAUAUUGGAUGCUUGAGAGGAAACCCAGAACACUGAUAUCACAAUUGUGGAUAAUUUAUUUGACAAAGUUGCCCCAAUGAACAACGUUGAUUCAACCAGUGCGCCCCAGAAGGUACAGGCGCAUGAUACUGUAUCAGGAAGGAGUCUUCUUCCUGACCUUCAGCAGGUGAUUACGUUGUGUCCUGGUGCAUGAAGGUAGAUAGGCCGCCUUAAUUUUUACUUUGGCCAGUGUCACUACAAAUGCACAGUCCUGUUUGAGUACUAAUUGAGUUUUUCCAGUUUGCUGGUUUAUGUGUAAUUGAGAAGCUUGUUGCUCAUGGAAUUUUGCUUUUCUCAUAAAUGUUUAACCUAACUUACAGAAAGAGGGCAUUGCGAAGGGUGCAGAAGGGCAGACACCAUGAAGUGGACUGGGAAAACAACACUGGUAGUGACAACACAGACACUGAAGGCUCCUAAUAGCAUCAGCCCAACUGCAACGGGAAUUACAAAAAGUUUGCUGGGGUUAUAGUGCAAGAAUCUUCCGUUCUGUCCGUCCAAGCUGAUUGACAUUUAAAACUUUCUCAACAACCACCUUGAACAUUUACCAACAUUGAAGGCACUGGAUUGGGUUGCAGGAGAUCUGGACUAUAUUUCUGCCUCUGCCAUAGCAAUCCUAUGUGACCAUGGCCUAGUCACCUAACCCGUUCACGUCUGAUUCAGAACCCUAAUUCUUUUAUAUAUUUAAUGGGGAUGAUGUCCUACCACUUGUGGAAGGACAUCUAAAUGCAUUAAACUCCCAUUGCUGUAGCAGAAAUACUUAUGAUCAUGGUGCUAUGUUAGUGUAUUGGACUGUUUUUUGCACAGAAUAAUACAAGUAAAAAAAUAAAGUAUAUUUGCUUCAAAACUGGACUAAGCAGUGUGCUAAACUAUAAAAUAUGCUAAAAGUUGUUGCUAUGGCAACAGCACACAACAAUGGGAUAUGAAAAACCCUGUGUCCGUAUCCAACCUACUAGCUUAAGAAAAUCUUUUCCUUAUGAUUUCCAGAAAAAUAACCAACUGAGGGAGAAUGUAAUACCACUUAAUGCCUCAAUUCCAUAAUUAUUAGCACCAUCAGUUAAAAAAUAACAAGCCAUCUUUCCC